CAAUUCCUCCCAUCUAGCUUCAACCGAGGUGUUGUUACUAGAGCCAAACAAGGAUGAGUAAAAUGAAUGGAAAGCUGUCUGGAUGUCGUCAGGAUUAUGCAAACACCUUCCAUCAUCCAUGAUCUCAGAGAUUAGGUUUUUGCGGCGCCGUUUUGAUGCAUUGAGAUGGAAGAAUUUGGUAUUUCGGUUGCCAUCUUUAAUCCACUGUAUUCGAGAUCUCUGAUGCCAGUAUAAUUCUUCCUGCUGCAAAAUCUUGUCUAAGUGAGAUUUCAUACUUCUUAUCUCCUCCUGUUCAGAGAUAGUCAAUGACCUCUCUUCCUCUAUCCUAUCCAAACUUCCAGUAGUCUUGAUUAUCUCCCCUUUCUUUUUUCCAUAUGCUACCCACCUGCUCCACACUCCACCGCCUAAGGUUUGAGCGAAGAUGCCGAAGCUUUAGAGUAAGAAUUUUUCCCACGUUUGUGGGGCACUGAGCCAAUAACCACCAUUGUUUGAUGUUCUAUUCCAAAUCAGGAUGAGCAUACCACAUAUUCUCCAAACGAAAUGGCGCACCUUUCCUACUCAAGCCAGGACUCUGACAAGAAAGAUUCAGUCUAAGAGGUGUGUGAUCUGAAGUGGGUCGCGGAAGUAUCGUCAGAAUCGCCUUAGGGAAAUCCAAGUUCCAAUUAAUAGAAGCAAAGCAUCUGUCCAGCUUAGCUAAGCUUGGAGUUUCUCUGAAGUUUGUCCAAGUAUAUCUUCUGUUGGUAGCAUUCAGCUCGAUCAGGUCCCGUUUGCCAAUCAGUUGAUUAAACUUCCUUGCUUCUGCCAUGCUACUUUUAUCUCUUAUCUUUGCUAGCCAAACAGUGUGGAACUUUGCCAAGCAAGUGCAGAAAUUGGAGCAAAUGGUUGAGAGGAUGGUCUUACAGAGCCUGGGUGUUGAUAAGUAUUGGACUUCUCAUACAGAAUCACUAGCACAUGGGGUUCGGCUAGGGGAGCAUGGGAUUCCGUUGGAUCAGGAAACUAAGAUUGCCAUGGUUUCCCAUGUAGAUCCAAAUAUGAUGACCAUAAUAUGCCAGCAUCAAGUUAAAGGACUUGAAGUACAAACAAAAGAUGGUGAAUGGAUCGAUGUAGAGCCCUUACCGAACUCCUUCACCGUCGUGAUUGGCGAAGUAUUUGAGGCAUGGACUAAUGGAAGACUGCAACCUGUGCAUCAUCGGGUAAGGAUACACAGCAAUCAGAAAAGACACUCUGCUCUUUUUGGCUCUCAACCAAAAGAUGGUUCUAUGGUACGGAUCCCAGAUAGAUAAAGAGUACCCUUUGCUUUAUAAGCCUUAUAAUUAGGAUGACUACCUCAAAUUCCGGUUCUCCACUGCAAGAGAGAGAGCUGAGGAUCGGUUGAGGGCUUUCUGUGGCACAAAGAGAAUUGGAUUGGAAGCCUGAGCAUCCCAGUUAAGCAUGUUGUCGCUGUGUUGGCAUGUAAUGUAUUGAUCAAACCUUUUUCUGGUGCUGUCUUUAGUUGUGUAUCGUGUAUUUGGCCAAGGAUGAUAAGAUGGAGAUUUAAAAUGAAUUCGAAUAAGGUAACUACUUUGUGAUAACCAUUGUUCGGUGAUUUAAUUUUGCUUACUGUUCUUCUUGGAGCUUCCUCUCUUACGUUUGUCUAACUUCGAUUGCUGUCCAUCAUAACUUGUAGGAAAUGGGUCAACCUGACAUGUUCUAUUAUCUUCUA